CUCGCACAGUAGUACUGUUGAGUCACUAGAACCUUCCGAUAUAAAUAUAUAGUAAAUCAAUCGACAGCUACGUCAGCGGUCGGCACUCUCUCCACAUAUCCUCCAAUCGACGUGGACCUUCGCCCCUCCCCUAAAAAUUCAUCGCCCCCACGCUCUCGGAUAUACAGGCAAUUUCGAUUCCUUCUCAGAUCUGAUCUGAUCCGAUUCUAUGGCGCUGACCGCUGCCCGACCGCCGCUGUUUUGCCGGAUUAGGGCGGGGGCGGAGAAGGUGGACUCGGAGGUAACUCAGAAAGUGAAACUGGUGGACGUCGCCGGGAAGGUGGUGCUGCAGCCUAGGGUUUGCACGCUGCGGUCGUUCGCGGAUGAUUCCGGCGGGCGGCUGAUCAGGGCCGACGACGGCGACGAUCGAGUGUCCCCGUUCUUCGAGGUCCUCACGGAUUACGUGGAGAGCUCCAAGAAGAGUCACGAUUUCGAGAUCAUCUCCGGCCGCCUGGCUAUGAUUGUGUUUGCAGCUACGGUAGGGAUGGAGAUUGCGACGGGGAAUUCGAUAUUCAGGAAGUUGGAGAUAGAGGGACUUGAGGAAGGCGCCGGCGUGUGUUUGGCGGCGGUGGCGAGCGCGGCCGUCUUCGCAUGGUUUUCGAGCAAUCGGAGCCGGGUGGGGCGCGUGUUCUCGGUGGGGUGCAACAGCUUGAUCGAUUCAGUGAUCGACCACAUUGUCGACGGAUUGUUUUACGAGGCUGAGGAGUGGUCCGAUGAUGAACCCUAAUUGAAUCAAGAAAUGGUUCUUGGUAGAUCGAAUUAAUUAAGACAAUUACCUUAGAGGCAUUACAUUGAUGGAUAGGUAAAUCGGUGGAAAGAUGUAUAGGAAGAAUCUAUAUAUGCUGUUUUGUGGAUAGAUAGGAUACAUGAUAUAUGGAUGGAUGUGUGUGUAAGAAAUAAAAUGAGAAUCUUGUGGAUUGGUUUUGUA